GCGGCGUCGGCGGCGGAGUGCGGGUCGCGUGGCAGAGCGUGGUUGCUAGGGACACCUGAGGUCGCCCGCUCGCCCAGCAGGCGCAGCGAGGAAGCAGCGCGGAGCCGGCGCCAAGCCGUGUUGAAGGAGGGUACCCUAGGCUGACAGAUUCAAGGAUGCAGCUGGUGCUAGAGGUGUGUGGCACCUUACCUGAGCCAGACCAUGAGGCCAUGUCACCAUGAUGUGGGCCCCUCAUGGCCUCAGCAGGAACAGAGCACUACAAUAUUGGCCUGCGCCGAGGAAACAGCUUCAAGCAGAGACAUCCCUCAGGCACAGCGUCUGCUUCACCACCUGAGAAACCCUCGGAGGUCAAGGUCUGGUCUCAGGCCCAUCAGCAGGUGAAGCCAAUCUGGAAACUGGAAAGGAAGCACGUAGGCACACUGUCAGCAGGGCUGGGCACCAGUCUCUUGGGAGUCCCACCCCAGCCAGCCUAUUUCUUUUGCCCUAGCACUUUAUGUAGCUCUGGGACUACAGCUGUCAUUGCCGGCCACAACAGUCCCUGUUACCUGCAAUCUCUCCCUGACUUGUUCAGCAAUACUCUGCUGUACCGCCGCACCAACGUGAGGCAAAAACCAUACCAGCAACUGGAAUCUUUCUGCUUGCGUUCCAGCCCAUCAGAGAAAAGACCUUUUUCUCUCCCUCAAAAGGGUCUCCCUGUCAGUGUCACUGCCAAUAAAGUCACAUCUUCUACAGUCUUCCCCAUGGCCCAGCCCAUGGCGUCUUCACCCACUGAUCCAUACCUCUCACUGGCAGCAGCUGGGGAAAAUCCUUCAAGGAAGAGCCUGUCCUCUGCCAUCUCAGGGAAGAUUGUAUCUCCACUGCCCUCCUACAAGCCCAUGCUGAACAACAACUCCUUCAUGAGGCCAAAUAGCACUAAAGUGCCCUUAUCACAAGCCACAGAUGGCCUGAAGCCAGUAUCCUCACCCAAGAUCCAGCCUGUCUCCUGGCAUCAUUCAGGGGGUACUGGAGACUGUGUAUCCCAGCCUGGUGACCAUAAGGUACCCCAAAGCAUUGGCACUGUCUUAGAUGCUGCCACUGCCCCUAACACCCCAUGUACCCCUAGCACCUUCAAUAUAUCCACAGCCAGUGUCACCUCUUCCCAGUGCAGUCAGAGCACCUUUAGGAUGGAGGCGCAUCCCUGUGGCCUGGAUGAAAACCUGGACUCCCAGAGUGCUACUAAAGAGGUACACUUCACUGAGGCUGUGAGGAGGUUGACUGCAAAAGGCUUUGAGAAGAUGCCACGGCAAGGCUACCAGUUUGAGCAGGCUUGUUUUGUGAAUCCCAGCUUCCAGUGGGGUCUUCUCAACAGAAGCAGGCGGUGGAAACCUCUGACGGGCCAGCGGUUUCCUCAGGAGGAUGUUGGAGUAGACAGUGGCAUCCUUCCUGGUGCCUCAGACACUUUGGGGUUGGACAGUACAGUCUUUUGUACCAAAAGGAUCAGCAUUCACCUCCUUGCCUCACAUGUCCAUGGGCUCAACCCCAGCCCUACCUGUGGGUCUAUAGUUGACCCCCAGUUACUUGGAGAAGACAGAGCUCCUGUCCUCCCUUCUUCCCUCCAGCCUCUUGGUGUAGCUGAAGUGGCCACCCGCCUUUCUUCUGUUCAUCUUGGCCAGCCUGGGAAGGAGACUGAGGAAGCCAAGGAGCUGAGCUCAAGUGCUAGGGGUAGUUGUUCAGCUACUGACCUCCAGCCAAACCAGGUGGAGCCUGAAGAUACAGAAGAUGAACUAGGAGAUGGUUUGGAAGAUUGCUGCAGCCAUGAUGAAAAUGAUGAAGAGGAGGGAGACUCAGAGUGCUCUUCCCUAAGUGUCAUCUCCCCCAGCGAGUCGGUGGCAAUAAUAUCUCGGAACUGCGUGGAUUUAAUGUCCAAAUCCCUUCCUAAUCAUGAGAAAGUUGUACGACCAGCCCUCAUCUACAGUCUCUUCCCCAAUGUGUCCCCUACCAUUUAUUUUGGAACUCGAGAUGAAAGAGUGGAGAAACUUCCCUGGGAGCAGAGGAAGCUUCUGCGGUGGAAGAUGAGCACAGUGACCCCCAACAUAGUCAAGCAGACCAUUGGACGGUCCCACUUCAAAAUCAGCAAGAGGAAUGAUGACUGGCUGGGCUGCUGGGGUCACCACAUGAAGUCUCCUGGUUUUCGAUCCAUUCGAGAGCAUCAGAAGCUAAACCACUUCCCAGGCUCCUUCCAGAUUGGGAGGAAGGACCGGCUGUGGCGGAACCUGUCUCGCAUGCAGAGCCGUUUUGGCAAGAAAGAGUUCAGUUUCUUCCCCCAGUCCUUCAUCCUGCCCCAGGAUGCCAAGCUCCUGCGCAAAGCAUGGGAGAGCAGCAGCCGCCAGAAGUGGAUUGUGAAGCCACCAGCAUCUGCUCGAGGUAUUGGCAUUCAGGUCAUUCACAAAUGGAGUCAGCUCCCCAAGCGCAGGCCCCUCCUGGUACAGAGGUAUCUACACAAACCCUACCUCAUUAGUGGCAGCAAAUUUGAUCUUCGGAUCUACGUUUACGUUACUUCUUAUGAUCCUCUACGGAUUUACCUCUUUUCGGAUGGACUCGUCCGCUUUGCCAGUUGCAAGUAUUCACCUUCCAUGAAGAGUCUUAGCAACAAGUUCAUGCACCUGACCAACUACAGUGUCAAUAAAAAGAAUGCCGAGUACCAGGCCAACGCUGAUGAGACGGCCUGCCAGGGCCACAAAUGGGCACUGAAGGCCUUGUGGAAUUACCUGAGCCAGAAGGGAGUUAAUAGUGACAUCAUCUGGGAGAAGAUAAAGGAUGUCGUUGUCAAAACCAUCAUCUCGUCAGAGCCCUAUGUGACUAACUUAUUGAAGUUGUAUGUGCGGCGCCCCUACAGCUGUCAUGAACUCUUUGGUUUUGACAUCAUGUUGGAUGAGAACCUAAAGCCCUGGGUCCUAGAAGUUAACAUUUCCCCAAGUCUCCACUCUAAUUCUCCCCUGGACGUCAGCAUCAAAGGCCAGAUGAUCCGGGACCUCCUGAACCUGGCAGGCUUCGUUCUGCCCACCAUGGAGGAUAUCCUCUCCAGUUCCAGCAGCCCCAGCAGCUCCAGCGGCUCCAGCACCAGCCUGCCAAGCUCUCCUGGGGACAAAUGUCAAAUGUCUCCAGAGCAUUUUACUGCACAGAAGAUGAAGAAAGCCUAUUACCUGACCCCGAAAAUUCCUGACCAGGACUUCUAUGCAUCUGUGCUGGAUGUCUUGACACCAGAUGAUGUUCGGGUUCUGGUCGAGAUGGAAGAUGAGUUUUCUCGUCGUGGUCAAUUUGAAAGAAUUUUUCCUUCUCGAAUCUCUUCUCGUUAUCUUCGUUUUUUUGAGCAGCCACGAUAUUUCAACAUUCUCACCACCCAGUGGGAACAGAAGUACCAUGGAAACAAGCUCAAAGGAGUAGAUCUGCUCCGGAAUUGGUGCUACAAAGGCUUCCAUACGGGGAUCGUCUCUGACUCUGCUCCCCUGUGGUCUCUGCCAACAUCGCUCAUGACUAGCGCAAAGAGUGAUGGGACACCCAGUGCCAUCAGCAAAUCAGAACGCAUCAAGUCAAGAAAGCAAAGCUGCUCCGAGGGAAGCGUGUUGUCCUGUGAAGAUGGGACCCCAGCCAAGCCCAAGAAGAGUCAAGCUGGCCUUUCCUCCAUAUCCAGGAAGACUUCAUCCUCCAAGAACAAGGAGGACACCAGCAAAGAGGCCAGCCACUCCGCCCAGGUGUUACCUGUCCUCAAGUACUCUGGGCAGAGUUCCAGAUUUUCUGCUUCCUCUGCUUCCCAGUCAGCUGCUGACCCUCUCCUGACUGCUGUGAGCCCAUGACUGGUCUCCUGCAUGGGAGCACUCAGCUACCUCAAGGGAACCGACCUGCUGACCAGCCUGAGCCUCCACUGCCCUCCACUUUGCCCCUCAUCAGAGUAUUUUUUGAAGUGGUUCUAUUGUAGAUAUGGGCAUCUGGAGGGCUGGAGGGGUGGGGGUAACGGGGAGAAGGUGAGGAAGGUUCAUCCUCUGUCACCUCACUGCCUGGCUGGCGCCUCAAUCUCAGUGGAGAAGCCAGUGACGGCCAAGCAGCCUUAUAAAGCAGGGUUUGGUUUCUACUCUGAGAGCCAUGUGUGAUUUAUUUGAGGCCCUGAUGCAGGGCUCGAGUUGUUGCUCAAGAGGAGAAAUGUGCUAAACACACAGAAAUCUCUUGUUCUAUUAUUGAGAGGGAUUCCUUGAAAGUCCUGAUUUCCUUAUGUCUUUUGUCUCCCACACAUCCUUAUCUUGAAGAGCCAUUCUAGAAACCUUCAGACUUCUUCAAAGACAAACCUGGAAACCAUGGCAGGCUGCACCCAUUUCCUGGCAUCCUGGUCUUGGGGUGACCUCCAUAACAUAUCUCCAGUUAAGGAUCCACCCGGUCAGUAGCCCUCCGUCUUCUGUGACUCUCCAGACCUCAGAUAAUUUUGGUUGCGUUAUGUAGAGGAGGGUGGAACAAGCUGUGUUUCUCCUCAGCACAGGAAGUCUUGUAGUCUGUUUUGAUUUGAGCAGGGUUUGGUGCCUUGGCAGAGGGGUUUUAGCACAAUUAUUCUUGUAGGACAGGCUUCUCAUUCCUGACAGUUAAUACUCAGCUAUAUCUACCUCCCUUCUGGACUAGUAAACACUGAGCACUGAAUAAACACUGGCUGACUGAACUGCAUGUACAGCUCUCUGAGGACAUUGACCCCUGAACCAGAAGCACUACUGUUGUCCCCGGUGUGGGGAAGUAGAGCCCAAGGAAGCCUAAGGUGGCAGAGUGUCACUAGAACUAUGGCCUUCCUUAGCCUGGCACUCCCUUCCUCCCUGGGACCUGCAGUCUCUGGGUUCUCUAGCAGUGGGGCAUAGAAGAAGCCAAUUGGCCCUGUGUCUGAUAAACAAGAUUUGCCCUAUACACACCAGGUUGGAAGCCCAGCAACUCAGCCUCAGCCUGGUCUUGUCCACAUUCUUCUGAGCUUUGGAAAGAGAGAGACUUCUUUUCUCAUGGCUCCUGGAGUCCUGUGGCCAAUUGGCAUGGAGCCUGGAAAGAUAAGAGAGACCUGACUGUGUUUAAGGUCACAGAGUAGGUAGACAUGACGGUCAGUCCUAAGGCUGUGUUGACAGUUGUGAAGAAAGCUGGGUAGCAAAGUCCUAGUUGGUACUUCCUGUUCAAAGUCAGUGCACAGUGGGAGGGAGAGUCCAUGGCCAUCCUAGAGAAUCUGAUAUCAACAGCCAACACCCUCCUGUCACGGUUACAAUAUUCUAGUGCACAUGUGACAAAGGACCAUAGUCUGCCCAGGGAAAACAGGCCUCUACUCAGCAGCGUUAUCCCGAGUGUUCUUUGGUGCAGAGGCCCGUCGGAAUCAGUUCACUCCUGCACGUGGACUUGAUUCCUUGGCCUGCCCUCCAAGGGUCCCCAUCACACAGUCAGUCUCCAACCAUGCAGCUGCAGAGAGGGUGAGCACUGCAGCAAGCUGGGGCCUGACGGAGGCACUGGGGAACCCCAUGAGACCGAGUACACUGGAAGUGUCUGCUUUGUGUGUGACCCAGGCUGGCCUCACAGAUGCUACUCUAUCAUUACAGUAUGAACGGGAGACCUGCCCUGCAGACUUGUGAAAAAUCUAAGCCAGACGAAAGGACCAGGGGAUUGUUCUGUACAAGAAUGUAAAAAUCUUCCUUUGAAGCGGCGUGGUGGCUCAUGCCCUUAAUCCCAGCACUUAGGAAGCAUAGGCAGCCAAUAAAGCUGUCCUUUGAAGGAAGGGGAACAGCUACAGAGAUGUCCCGGAAAAGGCCAGAACAGUGCUAGACACCCCACUACCCUUCACCUAGUGCUCACCAAAGCGUAAUUGUCAUUAUUCCUUGGAAUGUUAUCAUUCCUGUGGGAAUCUCUUGUCUGGGUUCAUCUUUAUAGCAUGCCAGCCAGUGUCCCAGGGAGGAGAACACUAAGCGUUAUAAAUAUGUAUGUGAAUUGAGUUAGUUAUCCCCAGAACCUUGAUUGGCAAAGAACAAGAGUGAGUGAGUACCUGGUGUCCGAGAGAAGCAGCACGGAAGACAUCCUGAGUCAGGUAGGAUCCAGAGGACUAGCAGUUGUACCAGGGGAGGGUGUCACUCGGGGCCAUUCUCAGGGUGGCAGCUGUCACCAUGGCCAGUGAGCAUUCUUGGUGGCCUUUGUGGCAGUUCAGCACUGCUGAGGGCCCAUGAAGAAGGUUAAUCCACACACAGCGAUUUCCACUUCCCUCAGCUGAAUUGGGAUAAGGUGAUGGCUGGAGGCUGCUAGGGAGCAUCCUCUGUUGGCUCCUCGUUAGGACUGAAGGCUCCCUCUAAUUACUGCUCCAGUGUCUAGUUGCUUUGGGCCUGGAAACAGUGGUUUUUAGAGAGCUGUAUCUUGUCACUUGGGGUUUUGAUCCAGCCUCUCCAGCACUGCUUAGCCUUGAACACUCCUCUGUAACGCCUGGGGACCCGUGUGCUCCUUUGACCUCCCUGUGCUUCAGAUCAGUAGUUGCAGCAGCAGUCUUAGGUUGGUCUUAGUGAGAGGUCACAGCAGGAGCAAUAGUGUGGCAUGCUAAGACCCAUUUGUGCCUUAACCAACAGAAUGUGCCGAGAUUAGAAUACCAGGGAUUAUUACCACAGGAGAAGCCAACAUUUGAAAUGUUUCUAUAUCUUCUAAAUUUCAGUUUAGUUACCAAGUGUAUCAGUCUCUUGGAUGUAGUUAUGGGGAUUAAAAUAUCAAAAUGAUUACCAAACUAUUUCCUUCUUGGAGUAGCAGCAGUAGUAGUGCCAGGGAUUGUCGGGCAGAGCUGUGAGAGCCGAGCAGAUGUUCUUAGGCCUGGGUGGCUGUGUCCCACAGGACCCGACUUGUUUUGUCCGUCUUCCUAAACAGUGCAGCCAUUUUCAUUGUACCGGGUGUGAUAGUUAAUCUAGACUCCAUCUGAAGUCCACCACAGGAUGUGGCAAAUGCAGUGUGGCAAUGGUACUCCAUUUACCUAAGGGAUUGAAACAUCUGUGUGCUUUGAUAUCUGGGAAGUCCUAGAACCAACCCCUACAUAGACAGGGCAACUGUGCUUUGAUUCUGCCCAUGGGAGAUUAGAGCUGUGGAUCUGGUCAAGAUAAUUAGCUUGAAAUUUUAGAGCCCUAUCAGCUGCCAGGGGCACAGGUAAAACUUACAGUAAUAGGCCCAGACUGAAAUGCACAGCCACUGGAGGAAAUGCCUAUAUUGUAGGCAAGGAUGCACAGGUCCAUUCAUCAACUGAUGGGUAGUUUAAAAAGUAGAAAAGCCCGUGUGUCCAGCAGUUACUGAAAGAACAAAUUGACACAUCUGUUCAGUAGAUACUGUUUAGACAUUAGUGCGAAAACUGGGAUAAGUAAAAGAAGCCAGGAGCAGGUGUACAUGCUUCCUGAUUCCAUUCUAAGAAAGGGAAUGAUCAUCACAGAAGGCGGGGAUUGCCCAGAGGUGAUGGGGGGGGGAUGGGGAUUGACUCUAAAGAAGCACAUUGGAAUU